AUGAACCCAGCUAAUGUCAGCGACCUAUAUUACGUAUGGGUGAAUGGUUCAGAAGCUGACAGACUGUUAGUGGUUGUACCUAAGUCACACCGUGUAGAGGUACUCAACAGCAGUCACACCGGCUACACGACCAGGAUCAGAUACACAGGGGAGGACUCACAAGCACAUACCGGACAGCUGAGUUUCACCAUCUACAAUGUUACUGUACAGGACGCUGGUACUUACUACUGUCAAGGAAACGGCAAGAAGAUAAUACAUGGAUGUAGGCAGGUCCUCGUUGUGUCACAGCGGCCGGCCACACCUAACGUCACAGGACCUGCUUCAGCGGUACCAGGUGAGAAUGUCACCCUGACAUGCUCCUCCUCCUCCCAGAGUCUGCCCCCGGACCACCCCCCACUGAACAUGACCUACACCUGGAGGAGGAACAGGACGCUGCUGGAAUCUGGUGACGGGUCUCACACAGGCGGAGAUGUCCUGACAAUAACCCACAUCAGCAGAGAGAACCACGGAGACAUCUACACCUGCCAGGCUGUGGAAGAGGGGCUGGAGUCUGACUGGAGUCACGGACAUGUACUGGAGGUUCAGUAUGGACCUGACCAGAUACAGUUUAACGGUGCAAGUGGCAGGCUAAAUGCAGUAGAAGGUGACCCUCUCACAGUGAGAUGUUCUGCUGACUGUCACCCCGCCUGCACUGUGACCUGGUGGGACACAUCCAGACAGAGGGAGAUCACAGGACAGAGGGAGGCUGUGUUGUAUAUACCAGCUGUAGACAGAUCUGUGUCUGGACAGUACAUCUGUCACGUCAACAACAUACAUGGGAAUACAUCACGGAGUCUGACGCUGGAAGUUUUCUCGCGUGAGGUUACUGGAGUUGGCGUCGCUUCCAUCGUCUACGUUGCUGCUGUCUGUUCUGUCCUCAUCGUCGUCAUUGCUGUACUCGUCUUCGUCGUUGCUUACAAAAACAGAAUCAAGAAAGGAGGUGAAGUAUACAGAGCUGGCGACCCAAAUAUGGGUGACAAUGAAGGACAGUUUCAGCAAGAUCCCAGCGACCUGUAUGCCACGGUGAACAAAAAGAGGAGCAGAAGAGAAGGGUCUGAUGUGUAUGCCACAGUCCGGAAGGUUGUAUCCAAACAGUUCGUGAACAGGGCGUUUGAAGGCGCAGCGCCUUCGCAUGAGAGAGCAGUUCUCAUCAACUUCCCAGACCAAUACAAAGCAGAAGGCAACAACUGCGGCGAAACGAACGAAGACGGUCUGACGUAUGCCGACCUUGACCUUGCCCCGCCCACCAUGAUUGACGGCAUGUCCGUCAUACACAGCAGGGAGGAGUCCGUGGUGUAUGAGGAGAUAGACUUCUCCCUCACCCCCGGGCCACAGCUGCCGGACAAGAUCUGGGAGGUUGAGGAGGAGGAGUGGGAGGAGGAGCGCCGCAGGCAGAACUUCUGGGAAUGAAGAUGAACAAAACCUGAGAACAUCAAGGUUUUGUUUCGAUGUUUACGAGAUUAUUGCAUUGAAAUAUUAAUUUAUUUCUUUGACGUUUUGAAUUCAUAUUACGAUCUAAAGUUAAUCUAAAGUUCAGAAUCAUUUUCAUUAGAUUUAAAUUCCGGCACCUCCAUGAUGAAAUAUAUAUCAACUUGACGUCAUUAGUUAUAAAACAAGGGGCACGGGUGACGUACCCAACCAUACCAAAUUGAGGUUUAAGUCAGAGUGAGUGAGUGAGUAUAGUUUUA